GAAGUUCAACCUAAUGAAGUAAUGAUGGUUGGGAAUAACCUUAAAGAUGAUGUGAGUUCUGCUCUAUUUCUCUCUCCAUCAUUUGCACCAUAUUUGUUAAGAACAUUUCUAAUUCAUUUUGAGGUUGCUUGUGGGAAACGAGUGGGAGCAUUUACAUGCUUGCUUGACAAAACAGGGAGGUAUGAUUCUCCCGAAUACACAGAUAUGGAAUUUAAGCCAGAUUACAAGGUGUCUUAUCUUGCCCAUGUUCAUUCACUACUGGAAGCAAAUUUUGACCUAAAACCAUGAUCCACACUUUCCUUGACAAUAAAAAUUUG